GUGGCGGGUCGCUGCGCGAGGCGGCAGCGGCGACGGGGCGGCCCGGUCCCCGCGGCUCCCAGCGGCAGCGCCGCCAUGGACGAAGCUGUGGGAGAUCUGAAGCAGGCGUUGCCCUGCGUGGCCGAGGCGCCCACGGUCCACGUGGAGGUGCACCAGCGGAGCGGCAGCACUGCAAAAAAAGAGGAUAUAAAGCUGAGUGUUAGAAAGCUACUCAACAGGCAUAACAUUGUGUUUGGUGAUUACACCUGGUCUGAGUUUGACGAGCCUUUUCUGACCAGAAAUGUGCAGUCUGUGUCUAUUGUUGACACAGAAUUAAAGGCUAAAGAUCCACAGCCCAUUGAUUUGAGCAUAUGCAAUAUUGCACUUCACAUCUUCCAGCUGAAUGAGGAUGGCCCCAGCAGUGAAAACCUGGAGGAAGAGACAGAAAACAUAGUUGCAGCAAAUCACUGGGUUCUGCCUGCAGCUGAAUUCCAUGGGCUUUGGGACAGCCUGGUGUAUGACGUGGAAGUCAAAUCUCAUCUCCUCGACUAUGUGAUGACAACUUUACUCUUUUCGGAUAAGAAUGUCGACAGCAACCUCAUCACCUGGAACCGGGUGGUGCUGCUUCACGGUCCUCCAGGAACUGGAAAAACGUCCCUGUGUAAAGCUUUAGCCCAGAAAUUGACCAUCAGACUCUCGAGCAGGUACCGAUAUGGCCAGUUAGUUGAAAUUAACAGCCAUAGCCUCUUUUCUAAGUGGUUUUCAGAGAGUGGCAAGCUGGUGACUAGGAUGUUCCAGAAGAUUCAGGACUUGAUUGAUGACAAGGAUGCUCUGGUGUUCGUGCUGAUCGAUGAGGUGGAAAGCCUGACCGCUGCCCGUAAUGCAUGCAGGGCAGGCGCUGAGCCUUCGGAUGCCAUCCGUGUAGUCAAUGCCGUCUUGACCCAAAUCGAUCAGAUUAAAAGGCACUCCAACGUAGUGAUCCUGACCACGUCCAACAUCACAGAGAGGAUCGAUGUGGCCUUCGUGGACAGGGCUGACAUCAGACAGUACAUUGGGCCGCCCUCUGCAGCAGCCAUCUUCAAGAUCUACCUCUCUUGCCUGGAAGAGCUAAUGAGGUGUCAGAUCAUAUACCCUCGCCAGCAGCUGCUGACCCUCCGCGAGCUGGAGAUGAUUGGCUUCAUUGAAAACAACGUGUCCAAGUUGAGCCUCCUUCUGAGUGAAAUUUCAAGGCCCCCACUGUCACCAUUGAGGGCUUCCUCCAGGCCCUGUCUCUGGCCGUGGACAAGCAGUUUGAGGAGAGAAAGAAGCUCUCAUCGUGCGUGUGACCCGCUCCCCCCCGCCGCCCCGGGGUCUGUCCUCGGUGAGCACACCGCGGGAAGGGGCCAUCGCUUCCUCACUGCAGCGGCUACCCCAGGAUAUAUGAGGCCACGGCUGAGACUUGCAGGCCUGUGUGGUUCAAGUAGCGUGUUGUGCUUACGUGAUCUUGCUCAAGAAGUGUGUUGCGUUUACGUACUUUAACUGCAUGCUCGAAGACAAAAGAGCCUGUUUGCUCUGUUUUGAAGGACAACCAUCUGAGCUCAGCAUCUCUUUAUAAAGAACUGUCUAGAUGUCCUGGUUCUAUCCUGCUUCUGGUUGAUUGGACCCAAAAUGCUGACAUUUUAUUUAAAAAAAUGAUUAAUGUAAGUUUUAUAGAAACAAAACAAACUACAUUGCCUUAAAGAAGAAUGUAAUCAUAGCAUUAAAAAAAAAAGUACACGUUGCUCAAGACGAGGCAGCAUUUGCUUCCUGCUGCAAGCUUGUCCUGGUUAGUGCACAUGUUCUGGAGACUGCGAUGAAUAAGAACCUGUUCCUGUGUUACAGAAAUCAAGAGAAAAGUUUUAGGCCCAGUGCUCUUCUUGGUAGCAGAUACGCUCUGCUUAUCGGGGAGGGACAGCUGACAUGGGGCCGGCCUCACUGCGAUGUUUCCUGGUGAGUCGUUUGUUGCAGGACGCCAGUCACGGCUUAAACGAAGAUUCCCAAUGACAGAUGUAAAAUGAAUUGGCCGAUAAUGGGUGUAUUCCACAGAACCUUGUUUUGCUUUUAUCUCAUGCUAAAAUAAAUUUAUAUCACUGUUUUAUAAAACAUUUUUAAAAGAGUAUGUUAACUUUUGUCUUAAAACUUUUUAAGUAUUAAAAAUCUGUUUCCAA